GCUGCUGCUGCUGCUCAGGCUCCCUUUGGCGAGCGGCUCGGCUCGGUUCGGUGCAUGGGCACCCGAGCGCUCGGUGCCUGCCCGGAUCGCUCUCCGAGCCCUUAAGCCAGCCCGCGCUUCGACUCGGCGGGCAGAGAAGAAGCGCCGCCGCGGCUCCUGACGCCGGCAGAUGCUCUACGUGAUUGACGCAAUUGGCACAACACUUCCUUCCCACAGCGAACAUUGGCAACAAGCAUAGAUUUUUCAGGAGACAAAUCCAUUCAUGUCCUUAGAAGCAUGACAGAGGUAAUGAAUACACGUGAACCUGUGAUGGAAGAAUUUACCUUGAGCCAACCUGAGGAAGAAGGAGGCACUUCCACUCAGCCUUUUCCAGAUGCCCAUGAAAAGUAUCCAAAACUGUCAAAGAGAUUACCAUCCAUUGUGGUAGAGCCAUCUGAGAUGGGGGAUGUUGAAAGUGGAGAGCUUCGUUGGCCGCCAGAGGAUCUGAAAUCAAUGGAAGACAAGAAGGCUCUUGCUGCACAGAGAUCCUGUGCUCAGCAACACCAGAUGGACCUUGAAAGUGCUGCACCACACCAAGACAUAGGAGAUAGUACAAAAUCCAGUGAAAGCAGAACUGAGGAUGACUAAGUAACUUCAUUCAACAAACUGAAGCUGUGGUGGGACCCUCAUUGGAAAGCUGGCACAUUCCGAAGGCUUGUCAACAUGCUCUAUUUUAAAACCAUAGAAGGUUUUAAUUUUAGUUCUAUUAUUAGGUUAGUACACGGCAAGAAAUUUAGGGGCUUUAGAACUGCUUCUUUUCAGGCUGGAAUUCAUAUCAUUUCAAUUUCCUUUGAGGAAAAACAGAGCACAUUAGGUAGUUCUUCCUGGUUCCUUUUAUUAAUGCCACAAAGGAAAAAAUAGAAGCAAAACUAUUCAUAUCAAACACCAAAAAAAUUUUUUAAUCAAUUGCAAUUAGCACUUGUAAGUGAAAUUGCCUCUUAAAGAUAAAAGAGCUAUCUGGUAUUGAUACCAAGACACAGGGUUUGUUUGCCAUAGAAUAUAUUAAAUCAAUUAAACCUCUCUUGUUUUAGCCAUUUAAAACUAGCACUGUGAUAUUAUGGAUAAUAGAUGUAAUAUAAUGUCACCUUCUAACUUUGUACCUUUUUUUGUAUAGAAAUGCAAGUUUCACUUUUAAAUCUGGAUUAAAUGGAGAAUUUAGGACUGCCUUUUUGUGAUGCACAGCAAGGAUCUUUACUUAUCCCUUAUCUCUUUUUCUGUGCAAAUUCCAGUGAACCAGCCUUUUAUUAGCACUGUAUUUGAGAGAAAAUGAGUUAACAUUUAAGGAAUUCUUUACCAGUGUACAUUUUGAAUGGAAAUAGCUGUUCAUUAUUUGUGAACCGUGUUAGUUUUGUGUAACUUCAGCCGCCUUUUCUAUUGUUUUUGCAAACAGUUUGUGACCCAAAUGCUAACCUGGUUUAACUGGCUUGUUUCGAAAGGGAAAAAGAGAACACUGCUUAUGUCAUGGCUGUUUUAGGACAUUUCCAAUGCAUUUGUAUAUAGACUCUGCUGAAAUGUUUAUCUAUAAUUUUGGAUCAAAGACUAGACAGAAAUGGCCAGGACAGACGUAAGAUGCAUUUUCUAUGUAAUUAACGAUGCCCCACAGACCAUCUGCUUUCUAUGGAUUAUUUAAUCUAUUGUAGGCUUUUGCGCAGGGAGAUUCUUUAGUGGAACCUCACAGUAGCAGUGAAUAGGCUAAACUGAUAUAGCAGUUAUUCCCAAGAAUGCUUCCCAAUGCUUUAACUUCGAUGUGGUCACCAAAAUACAGCCUCCAGAAUUGGAUAGAAGUCAUGACAAAGUGAUAUGAUAAAGCAAAGAGAUAUUUGUAUGGUGAUUUCAAGAUUAACUCUACUUGACUUGAUUUUUGAAUUUUGAUGUCUUAGGGUCAGUUUUCACUAUUUUAGCACAAAGAAAGUUUUCGUUCUGUAAGUAGUUACAUUGAAAUAAAGCUCUCCAGGGAGAUAAGAUACUAAAGUACAUUUUAUGUGUAUGUGGUAAUAAUCAAAGCUCAACCUAUUAAAACAAUAUUGGAAAGGGUGGGAAUGAUACAUUUUCACUCAUGACUGAUAUAAAUAAUCAUUAUUAUUAUGAGCAUCAGCCUUAAUGUGUUUGUACACCAGCUAAGGAAAUUUGUAGAAGUAUUCAAUUUUUUAAAUUUUGUUUUCUUAAUAUAGGAGUCCAUGCUUUAUUUUAAAAGUGUCUACCAAUCUUAGAUUAACAGAUUGAAGUCUGUGUGGGCAUAAAAAGUUCUAAUAAUUUCCCAAAUUCUAUUUAUUACUUUCAAACAAGAUUUGUUAUUUAUUGAAACUAGCAAAACAGCAGCUAUCCAUAUGCCAUGCUUAACAUUAGGAAAAAGCUAAAAUCCUGAGCGGGAGAAAAAUGUUCUCCAUACAAAAAUUACAAGGAUACCUAUAGGAAGGGAGUCAAAAAAAAGUCAAGAUGGCAGCCACAAACAUGGAAUUGAAGUGUCACCUGUGACACACAUAAAAAAGAAGCAGGCUUUGAUUGCAAGAUUGUGGCAGCCAUUUUGACAUUUUUGUUUAUUUUAUUUAUUGGCCAAAUUUAUAUGGCUGCCUAUCUCAGAAGUGGCUCUGACAUACAACAGUCAAACAAAACAAUGAUAUAAAAUUAUAAUAAUAAAACUAUAAACAACCAUUAUUAAAAUAUGAUUAAAAAUUAAAAUAUGUAAAUCACAAAGUACAGAGAGAGUCUAAAUAUAAACCACAAUAGGGGAGCCAUCUUAGAAUGUCACUGGUUUCCUGGAACCCCACACCUGGU